UUGUCAGAUCAAUAUUUCGGUACAAAUAAAAAAUAAAAUGAAUGAUGCAGUGCGAAUGUUUGCAGUAUAGAUUUCUAAAAAGUGGAAAAUUUAUCUUUUUUUUCUCAAUAUGGGGUUAAUUACAUCCUGUUGUAAACCCUCAGCAUCAGAUGUAUUGACUCCAGAUACAGAAACACGACGUCGACAACAAGUAGAAGCAGCUGAACGUCGUCGUGUUCAAGAAGAGGCCAGGGGUGUAAAAGAUCCGAGUAGAGUUAAACGAAUGCAACAACGAACUGAAGAGAUGGAGCAAAGGGAACAAGAGUUACAGAAGCAGGGUGGAGCUACUUUAAAGUGGUCAGCUGACUGAGAUCAGGCCCAAAGUGGGCCUAGCAGUGAAAACCCAAAUGAAAAAUAUAAAUACAAAAAUUAAUCAUUAAUGUGCUAUCUCUAUCCAUAUAUUUUGUAUAUAUCUACACAAUAGUCUAUGAGGUGACCAAUUUUUCGAUGCUAUUCUAUACACUCCACAACAUUUAUAACUAAGAGCUUUUGUGUAUAUUAUGGUGAUUAAUUUAUUGAAAUAUAUUCUGUAAUACAUAAUUUAUAUUUCUAGUUAUAAAAUAUAAAUGUCUAUAAGAUAAGAGUAAUGUUAAUGUAUGCUAUGAGAUGUGUUAUGUACUUCACACCUUUGAUUUUAUUAAAGUGUAUGGUUGUUCAAUAAAAUAUUAAAAUAA